AUGGCUUCAGUAUUGGACUUGUAUGGCACCGUCAGCGCGGCGUGGACUGAGGGCCGGCUCGAGAAUGUCCUGCAGCGACAAAAAGAGCUUGCCUCUCUGCAUAGUAACGUCAAAAAGUCAUCGGCGAGCCUGAUCAAAGCGCUUACACAAGAUCUGCAAAUCACGGACAAGAGUGCGGCCGAGGAACUUCAAUUGACGCUCGACACGAUCAAAACCCUCUACGAUAGCCUCGAUUUUCCGAAGUCUUUAUCCCAGGAGGCCUCAAUUAAGAGAGGCGCCAGCGCGACCGACAACUUGGUCGCAUUGGGACCGACUCUGAUUGACCCGUCUCCCCACUCUCCCGUCGCUAGCACACUUGCUCCACUGGCCGCAGCUGUGGCCGCCGGAAGUGCUGUGAUUGUGCUGGCCAGCAGAUCUGCUCCUACAGUCGCUGCGGAGCUGCAAAGGCUUGUUAAAGAGAGCUUGGAUAUCGAAGCCAUUGCCGUCACGAACGAUGACUCGGCCGACACGCGACAUCAGCUCGGCACCAAGUUUUUCGGCGUUGCCGUUCUGCAAAACUUGCCAGUGAGGGCCAACAUGCUGAAGCAGCUGUACCAAAAGAACCCACUCGUCAAGAUUCUGUCGCCACCUUCUGGGAUCUCUGCAGCGUUUGUCGAUCGCAGCGUUCAAGAUUUAGAGGCUGUCUCGACUCAUCUCUACCACGCUGCCAUCGACGGUCCGCGCCACAAUCCGCUGAGAAUCCCAAGGCUCUGUUUCGUCGACGAAACACUCAUCGCCGAUCUUGAGGGACUACUCGGCCGCGCAGGCCCAAAAGCGAAUGAGUCGUUGAAUUUGACCACUGGGCAGGACAAUGUUCAGGCUUUGAGCAAGGCCUUGAAGGCCAAGUUUCCCUCUGUCGCGAAAAGGACAGCUGCGAAGUCGUCUGGUCGACUUCCUGCCGUUAUUGCAUUGAGCAGCUCCGACCCAUUGACAGCCGAGUCCAUCUCUCCAGUGGUGGACUUGUUGACGGAGAGCCACAACGGCCUUUUACUGAUCCCAACUCGGAGUUUGGAUCACGGCAUCGAUAUACUGAGCAAGCUAAACGACAGCGCUCCCUCUCAGGCGACAUACAUCUUUGGUGCAGCCAAGUCAUCUUUCUAUGUCGCAGCUUUCAGCAAGACUCUCCAAGUCUUUAUCAACGCCAUUCCCCAGUGGUCACUUGUCACCGUUGCGCCGUCCUCCUCAUCAGUCUCUGACAGCCGGCCGCUGUAUUCCAGGGAGGACUUUUCCGUGAACAAGCCCAUUAUUCAAGAACCUCUCCGACCUGUUCAAGAGAUUGCUAUUCGUGCUAAAGCUCUCUGGCCUUUCAUGUCGCAAACGCUACGGCUCGGGAAGAUCAAGCAGCCCAAGGGAGGCAGGCUGAGCUACUUUGAGCGCGGACUAAUUGUCGGGUUGGCAUUGACGCUGGUCGCCAUUUCGGGGACUUCGGUGGGCAUUCAUCGUGCAAGCCAGCAUUUCUUUAAGCGCGUGUGA